AUGAAGUCAACACUCGAAAUCGCGGCUAGCAGCGUCGAAGCCCGGUGUCGAAUCAGUGACCACAUUUAUCAAACUCCCCUUAUACCAGCAAAACAAGUAGGUCGCGAUCAAGGCGCAACGGUACUCUUCAAGGCAGAGAAUUUCCAACUCACUGGAUCUUUCAAACUGAGAGGCGCUUUGGCCAAAUUGUCAGCCCAGUCAAACCCUGGUCGACUGAUCACAGCGUCAUCUGGCAACCAUGGUAUUGGUACUGCCUUUGCGGCACAAGUGCUAUCCAGAGAUGUCACAGUUGUUCUACCAGAAACUGUGGUACCGGCAAAGUUGGAAAAGAUCAGGUCUUACGGGGUUGAAGUCAUCCUGCAUGGCACGGAAACAGGUCUGAGUGAGCAGCAUGCACAACAGCUUGCCGCAUCAGGAGCUUACACCUAUAUUUCACCAUAUAACGACCCGGAUAUAAUUGCUGGACAAGGGACAAUUGGGCUUGAAAUCGUCGAGCAGUGCAAAUCGGUUGAUAACAUCUUCAUUUCAAUGGGUGGUGGUGGACUGAUCAGCGGCAUCGGAUCUGUCUUCAGAAGAGUCAGUCCUCACACGAAGAUUUUUGGUGUUGCGGCCACCAAUUCAAAGUCGCUAGCCAUGUCAAUGGCUGCCGGUUCUGUCGUUGAGACGGAACAUUUUCCCACUCUCGCCGAGGCUGUGGCUGGUGGAAUCGAUCAGGACACAAUAACACUUGCUCUAGCCACCUCGGUGGUAGAUCAUACGCUCGAAUGUACUGAAGCAGAGAUUUUGGAAGCUUUGAAGACGCUUGCCUUCGAGGAAAAUGUUAUUGUUGAGGGGUCUGCUGCUCUUGCGCUUGCCGGUUUCAACAAGGUUGCCCAGCAGUUGAUCGGCCAAACCAGUGUCAUUGUCUUGUGUGGUGCCAACGUUGACCAAAAUGUUAUCAGGAGUGUCAUUUAUGAUAUUUAG